CUCUCUCCCCGGAAGUGCGCCUUUCCGAGCCGCGCUUCCCGUGAGACUGCCCGGCAGAAGGGCCCUGUGAGCCCGUCCGUAGGUGUUUACCCCGGUGCCUGUCUCCGGGGCGGAGUCUCUGCCCGCCCGGGGUCCCGCCGCCUCGUCUCCCCGCAUCAUCGGGCUCCUCCUCCCGAAGCCGCUCCGCGGAGCGCGGCCGCGCUUCCCGUCAGGCGGGCCCCGGCCACCCUCGCCGCCCGCAGGCCCCGCGGCGGGGCAGCAGCGAUCGCAGCAGCGGCCCCGCCAUGGCCCCGACUAUCCAGACCCAGGCGCAGCGGGAGGAGCCGGGGCACAGGCCCAACGCUCACCGGACCCUGCCUGAGAGAUCGGGUGUGGUGUGUCGGGUGAAAUACUGCAACAGUCUCCCGGAUAUUCCCUUCGACCCCAAAUUCAUCACAUACCCCUUCGACCAGAACAGGUUUGUGCAGUACAAAGCCACCUCUCUGGAGAAGCAGCACAAACACGACCUCCUCACCGAGCCGGACCUGGGCGUGACCAUCGACCUCAUCAACCCCGAUACGUACCGCAUCGACCCCAAUGUUCUCCUGGAUCCGGCCGACGAGAAGCUGCUGGAGGAGGAAAUCCAGGCUCCCACCAGCUCGAAGAGAUCCCAGCAGCACGCCAAAGUGGUACCGUGGAUGAGGAAGACGGAAUACAUCUCCACCGAAUUCAACCGCUACGGCGUGUCCAACGAGAAGCCGGAGGUCAAGAUUGGCGUGUCCGUCAAGCAGCAGUUCACAGAGGAGGAGAUCUACAAGGACCGGGACAGCCAGAUCGCUGCCAUCGAGAAGACUUUCGAGGAUGCCCAGAAAUCGAUCUCCCAGCAUUACAGCAAACCUCGCGUCACCCCCAUGGAGGUGAUGCCCGCGUUCCCGGACUUCAAGAUGUGGAUCAACCCCUGCGCCCAGGUCAUCUUCGACUCGGACCCAGCCCCCAAGGACACCAGUGGGGCCGCGGCCCUCGAGAUGAUGUCUCAGGCCAUGAUCAGGGGGAUGAUGGACGAAGAGGGGAACCAGUUUGUGGCCUAUUUCCUGCCCGUGGAGGACACGCUGCGGAAACGCAAGCGGGACCAGGAGGAGGAGAUGGACUAUGCGCCCGAAGAUGUGUACGACUACAAGAUCGCCCGGGAGUACAACUGGAACGUGAAGAACAAAGCCAGCAAGGGCUACGAGGAGAAUUAUUUCUUCAUCUUCCGCGAGGGUGACGGGGUCUAUUACAACGAGCUGGAGACCCGGGUGCGGCUGAGCAAGCGCAGGGCCAAGGCGGGCGUGCAGUCGGGCACCAACGCCGUGCUGGUGGUGAAGCACCGGGACAUGAACGAGAAGGAACUGGAGGCUCAGGAGGCUCGCAAGGCGCAGCUGGAGAAUCACGAGCCGGAGGAGGAAGAGGAGGAGGAGCUGGAGAUGGACAAGGAGGCCCAGGGCUCAGACGAGGAGCCGGAGAAGGGCAGCGAGAGCGAGCCGGAGGCCAGCGAGGAGGAGGAGGAGGAGGAGGAGGAGGAGGACGGGCGCUCGGGCAGCGAGAGCGAGCGGGAGGCCAGCGGGCGCAGCGCCAGCGAGGGCUCGCCGGAGGCCAGCGAGGAGGACGAGCGGGCGGCCCGCGACAAGGAGGAGAUCUUCGGCAGCGACGACGAGGACUCGGAGGGCGAGGGGGGCGGGGGGCGGCGCAGCCCCGGGGAGGAGGAGGAGAGCGGCAGCGAGGGGGGGGGCCGGCGGCGCCGGGCCGGCCGCAGCCCCUUCCUCAGCGGCAGCGAGGGCUCCAACGCCGAGGAGGAGGAGGAGGACGAGCGCAGCGGGAGCGGCAGCGAGGCCGCCUCGGACUCCAGCGAGGAGGGGAGCGAAAGCGACUGAGUGGGCUCUGCUGGGGGGGGUGGGCAGCCCCUUGCCCCCCCCCCCGCCGCCUGGGCCGGAUCCACCCACCCCCUUGGGGGACCAUCGCUCCACCCUGCUGCCACCAGGAGGAUGUGGGCAUGAUGUGGGGGGCUCACUUGUGCCGGGAGUUGCUGGAAUCCCCCGCCCCCAACUUGGGAGGAAGUGGCUCUGCCUGGCCCCCCUGUGCUUGGCCAGGGACCUGCUGGGAGUGCCCCUCCCGCCCCAGGGGAUCCCCUCUGGCGCCCCCCGCAGACACUGGGGGGUGUUUAUUCUUACUGCUGUUUGGUUUGCCCCUUGUACAUACCAGCCUGUACCAGACCCCGCUCUCCGUCCUCAAUAAAAGGGUCUCUUCCUAAAACCGGGCGUCUCUCCCCACCCCUGUGCUCGGUGCCGGCCCUGCCGGGGAUCUCCACCCCCUUGGUGCCAGGGGCAGCCGGCUGGCAUCACCGCCUCCCUCUGGCUGCGAGCAGGGGCUCCGGCAUCCGCCGUCCAGCCCCCUCCCUAGAGUGGGCGGCGGGUGCAGAGCCCCCACUCACAGGGCUCGGGCCUGGGCUGGGAAGGCGCGUUGGGAGGAGUGGGGGGGGACAGGUAUCUAGGGGAGAAAGGGCUCGUUCAUCCCCCUGUGCCCCAAACUCUGCCCUUUCCCCGCCAGGGGCUGGGCUCGAAGCUGCUAUCGAAGUGUGGGGGAGGCAGGCCGGGUUCCCCACUCUCUGCGUGCGCAGGUGGGCAGGGCCGGGAUUCACCAGCCCUUUCGCCGUUGGCAGUGUGAGCGGGAGAUCGGACCCUGCGUGGGGAGGGGG